CCCCUCCUUCGCUGACCUCAGUGCGGCACUAUGGGCACAGCUCCCAAAGCGCGUCGAAAUUGAAAAAAAAUAUCUGAGCCAAGACCUCGAGAAGAUUGCCUCGAAGCAAGUCGGGAACAUUUAUCCAAGGCUCUUGGCAGAGACCACCCAGAGACUAAAAAAACUAUCCACGGUCGGAUGAGGUCGAAGGACCGCUCGACAACUGGCGUUACGAAACGCACGAGCGAGAGACUCUGGUGCACCACCUGGUGAGGCUCCGUACUGCACACAGACAGCCCCCGCAGGUCGUCCCAGCUGCCCUCCAUAGGCCCCCCAGGCAGUCCUAUAGCGGGCUGCCUGCGCGCAACCGCGAGGACUCACCAGCACUGCCUGGGUCUGCAGGCCCAGGCCCCGGCGCGCCCGGGGCUCGCUGGCCCCGCCAAAAAGGGGGCCGAGAGUUCGCCGGCACCGCCCGGACGAGGCCGAGGUCGGGCAUCAUCCAGUCUGCCCCGACCCCGACCCUUGCGGCUAUCUGGGCUCAGCUCCCACAUCAUGACAUGCAGAAAGUGGGGCAAUGGCGCAAACAUGUCCGGCCAUAACAACCGUGAGUAGUUCGCAUAUAGCACCGGCCGUGACAGCCGAAGAUAGCAUCCGCGAGGCGAUAGCAUCCGCGAGGGCCCACAGACAACGCCGACCGAAUGUAGAUCGGACGAACCGUGUGCCCAGGAGCCCUGCGCCAACUAUCAUAAAACAGAUCCGCGCACGAACGCAUGGUAAUCACACGCCCGAAACGCGUGCGACGGGCGGCCGUGCAGCCAUGCACGCCCGCCCUGCCUACCACGGCCAAAGACCCUCUCGACGCAGUGCAUCUGCUGCGGCAGCAGGCAAGGAACUGGCGCCGCUGCACGAACAGAAGGCGUGGGACCGUUGGAGGAGGGAGAGACAUAAGAGGAGAAAAAGGAGCAAGAGCAACAGGAGCAGCAGAAACUGCCGGCGGAGGAGGAGGCAGUGCGAGAGGAAGGGACACGAGGAGAAGCAGGAUCAGCAGCGCAUGCCAUCCCCUGAUCUGUUAAACCCGAACAGGUGUGGCGCGGCUCGUCCGAAUGCAAUUAAGGCGCACGCUUGGCAACCCGCUGGCUCAAUUACCA